AUGUACACCGCAUCAAAACAGCCGAGCAACUUGUCGCAAUCUGCGCUGAAUUACUUGCAAUCACUCGAAAAAGCAACGAAAGCUUUGCGUCAGAACCAACAGGUUGAGAAAAAACGUGUGGGAGGGCAACACUCACUGCUUGAGUCCUCUCGGUUAUCGUCGGAACGUGGCUCGUUGUCAUCUAUGAUCUCACAGCUUCGGCAUCGAACGCGCAGGGAAUCAACAAUCGACGAAUUCGACGACAGUAUAUCAGAAGAGAACGGUCACGUAUCCGAGAGAACUCCAUCUAUCAGUCCGUCGAGUGCAGGUGGCGAGCGAAUCGUAUUCGACUUUCCCUUUGAUGUCGCCAAAGAUGACAACAAACAAAGUGAUGCGUUGCCUAAGCAAUUACCAGGUCUACAAAUGGGGAGAAAGAGCAUCCAUGAGAUCCGCGAACUGCGUUCUUCUAUCGACCAUUCGCUUAUCAAACCACCAAAACUGCAAAAACAACAACCACGGAGAUUCAGUAUCAAUUCUGUUAAUUCCUAUAAGGAAGACUCUGGAUCCGGGCAACAAGAAGAAUCGGAGGAGGAGCCGGAGGAUGUCACUCCUAAACCGCAGGCAAUCAAGAAAAAGAGUCCAUUCAGGCCUGCAAUCGAGAGCGGUAGUGAUCUCGAGUCCAUUGAUUUUGAGUCCGCAACUGAGGGUGCGAUAUCCGAUGCCAGCUCGGAGUCGUCAACACUGCGAGGCUCACCGGAGGCCGACAAACCAUCCGGUGACAGCAGAACUAGUGACGAAAAACGCAGCCGGAGAGUAGAAGAAUUUGAUUCUUCCGAUGAAGAAGAAGCCAGCACUAUGAAAUCAGGAAAUAGUAAAGCAAAGCAGAUCACUGUGCAAAGUAGAAAAAGCGUAAGAUCAUCAGGGAGUGACUCUCCCCUGUCGUUGGCAGAGGAUGAGCAUGGAGCUGUGGGAAAUGCUGAAAAAACUUCCCGUCAAUGGUCGGUCGACAACCAGAGUCGGAAAUCUACGUCUGGAGUUCGGAAAAAUGUACGCGCUUCGCGGAAGUCCGCACCGAAGUCAGCUGCGUCGACUGCUGUAGCGACGCCGGAACAGAGUGACUCACGUCGUUCCCCACCAGCCCUGGAAGCAACCCCCUACACUUUUCCUGUCGAACACAGCACACAGACGGAAAUAUUUAACGGAACGGAACGACUACCAGAGUUUUGUUCCUCGAAUUUGCAUCAUGUGACUCGAGAUGUCUUGAGAACUCAUCUGCAACUACUGAAAGAAUUCAAUCGCUUGGAAUUCUCUUCACUUCAAGAGUGGAAUGCAAUUUUGGACGAUGUAAGACAGAAAUAUGAUGGUCCGUCUACAGAAAAACUGAAGGCGGUGCUCGAAAAAAGAGCGAAAAAUCUAGGUAUGGAUCGGAUGGUUGAGGAAACUCUGUUCUAA